UGGACCGGACACGAUAUGAUGGCAGGUGACGGGCAUGGCUCACUAAAGGUUCCUUUGCCAUCAUCAACACCGUACAUUGAAUGUUUUCAACGCUACCGAUGGUUUUAAUCUAAGUACAGGCAAAUAGGCAAUACGAUAUUAGUAAUAUUACCUAGCAACUUGCUAAUUGCUAUGGUGAAUUGGUGACCACUAACCGACUGAYCGUGGUUUGAGCACAGAAAAUUGAAACUUUCCAUAUUCCAUUUUCCCUCCAACAGUUAAGCGAUAAGUGAUAACACUAAUAACAGAAGAACGACCGCCAAAUCCGCCAAUACCAGAUAAGUGUAGGAGAACUAGGAGAUGAWUUUUAAAUUUGGGAUUAUUAAAUAUUAAUAUAGAUUUAUUUCAAUCAAGUAUCGUGAGAAAAAAUCAAUUAAAUACGGUAUUUAUUAUUUCCGAAAUACCAUUCCAAUAUUACACUGGUUCACUUGCCUUAUAAGUUGUAGAUAAUUAUGUCAGACGAACAGGACUCGAUCGAAAUUGAAAAUCCUAAUAAAAGUGCCACUAUCCUCUGUGUUCAGUACCUUAUUUCGCAGCACAUGAAAACAAAAGGUGUCAUUAAAAAAGAUGACCUGAUGAAAACUGUCUUCAAGGGUCGCAAUAUUGGAAAAAAUUAUGAAAGAGUUAUGGAAGAAGUUGUAAACACUUUAAAAAAUACUUUUGGAUUUUCAAUAGCUUAUAUUAAAAAUGACAACAAACAAUUCAUAAUUGUAAAUAAUAUAGAUGAAAUUGAUUCUCAUGACUUUGAUUCUUCUGAAGAAUCAAAGUAUCGUGUUUUACUUAAGCCAAUAAUAGGGGCUCUAGUUAUGCUUCGUACACCAAUCAGCGAAGGUCAAAUGUGGAAUAUACUGGAGAGAUUUGCAUUGGAAUUCAAUUUAGACAUGGAUCUGAUUAAACAAACUGUUAAAGGAAAAUUUGUAAAAGAUCAAUAUCUUCAACAUAAAAUUACUGACGAUACAACUGUAUCGCUUGAUCCAGAAAAAACUAGUUAUUGGUUCACUUUAGGRCCUAGAGCAUUAGAAGAAUGUAAUCAGAUAAUGUUAUUAAAUCGAAUUGGUGAGUUGUACAACAAACCUGCCUCUUCAUUCAAACGUGUUUAUGCUGCAUUAAUUGAGAAAUAAUUUUUAUGUAUUAUUUGUUUAAUCUUUUUAACGUUGUUUCAAGAAUAUACAAUGUAUUCAACUUAUUUAGAAUAUCCAAAAUAAAAAUGUAUUUUAAGUUUGUUUAUUGUAAAUUUUCUCAAAGGAAUAAUAUGAAUAGCAAUU